GUUGAGCUUGCUCUUGUGAAUUCAUUUGGACCUUGCCCAGUUUAAUCUUAAUUUUAUUUCCUGGAGCACGCCCCCCUCUUUGCAUGAUUUCUUCGCCUCUUUAAAUUAAGGGAGCAGCACUGCAAAUGCUUUCAAAAAGUCACAGGAGGGCUUAGCAGCAACACAGUCUCUCAAACACACACACACACAAAAAAAAAGUAGCUCAGUGUUAAACAUCAUGGGGCUCAAGCCUAGAAGAGAUGAUUUUGAAUGGGUUUAUACGGAUCAACCUCAUACCCAGAGAAGGAAAGAAAUGUUGGCUAAGUAUCCAGAGAUCAAGUCACUAAUGGGGCCAGACCCAAACCUAAAAUGGAUUGUAUCUGGAAUGGUCCUUACGCAAUCUAUCACCUGUUUCCUCGUGAAGGAUUUGUCCUGGAAGUGGAUUAUAUUCUGGGCGUAUGCUUUUGGAGGUGCCAUUAACCACUCAUUGACACUAGCAAUUCAUGAUAUUUCUCACAAUGUUGCAUUCGGCAACAAGCAAGCAAAGUGGAAUAGAUUAUUUGCUAUGUUUGCUAAUCUCCCCAUUGCGAUGCCUUAUUCAGCAUCAUUCAAAAAAUACCAUAUAGAUCAUCAUCGAUACCUCGGAGGAGACGGCCUAGAUGUGGACAUUCCUACUAAGUUUGAAGGAUGGUUCUUCUCCACUCCAUUUCGCAAACUGAUUUGGCUCAUUCUCCAACCACUCUUUUAUGCUCUCAGGCCUCUUUAUGUGAACCCAAAAUCCAUUACGAAGUUGGAAAUAUUAAAUGCUUUGGUGCAGUUUGCAUAUAAUUUUCUUAUCUACUACUUCUGGGGUUUGAAACCGAUCAUUUACCUGCUGGCAGGCUCGCUCUUAGGUAUGGGUUUGCAUCCAAUCUCUGGACACUUCAUUGCUGAACACUACAUGUUCCUGAAAGGACAUGAAACCUACUCAUACUAUGGAGCUCUCAACUGGAUAACCUUCAAUGUGGGAUACCACAUGGAGCACCAUGAUUUCCCCAGCAUUCCUGGCAGCAAACUCCCUUUGGUGAAGGUGAUUGCUCCAGAGUACUACAAUGGCUUACCUCAGCACACCUCCUGGAUCUGCGUACUCUGGGACUUUGUCUUCGAUGACUCCAUCGGCCCUUACUCCAGGAUUAAGAGGGAGUGCAAGUUGGUAAAAGGCAACUGAUCUGCUCCUGAUAUAUGAAGGAAAGAAAGAGUGAAGUUAAACAUGAUUGUAAUUAAACACAUUGUCCUCAUUAAUACUAUUUCCUCUAAAAGAAUUCUGAUGCUGUCUUUUGUACCACCGAGAACGCACAAUGAUAUUUAGAUUUCAACAGGACGUUACAUUUGGGCUGAAUUUCACUGUAUAUAAUUAUAAUUGUACAAUGAGAGAAAAUAAAUCGAAACGGAAGACCUGCUCCAAAUAUCAGGCUAAUAUCUACAGUUUGUAAGUCUUUAAAAACUAGAGCAGAGGACAUACAAGAAAAAUGCAUGUGAAGGGUUUCUCUGAGAAUUCAUUGAACGAAAGAAACCCCAUCAUUUCAUUGUCAAAGGGAUUAGAACAGUAAAUUAGCUCAGAUUCAGUUUCAUUGAACGUUUUGUUAUUUUGCAAUAUUCCAAAUGUUUUAAUUUAUCAAACUUAACCUGGUCAACUCUUACUUUUUUUUCAUGUUUUCUUUUCUAAUUGCCUGCCGUGUCUCUGUGUGGCUUUCUACAUUCCCGUGGUCCAUAUAGUGUUUACAUGGUUACCCCCAGAAUAUUAUAUACGCACAUGUAUAUAUAUAUAUAUACACACACACAUGCUUUUGGUACAUCCAGUGUAUUUAGAAGGAUCAGUCAUUAAUACAAUUAUUUGCUGGUUCACUGAGGCAUGGAAAUCUGCUAAAUACUCCCCUCUGUGGCCAAGAGAUACUGAGGUCAAUGCACUAGAAUUCAGACUAGUAACCUUCUGGUCUAUAAUGACUUCUGAUAGUGCCUUUGCUCACAAGGUCAUUGGGGAAAGCACCAUGUGCCUAUUUUAAGUAUGGUGUUGAGAUGGAGAGAAAUUUUGGGGGAGGAAAGGGAGGGUAAGAAUUUACAAACAAAAAUAAAUUUAAUGCGAUUUUCUGGGAAACGAUACUGUGUCUUUAAAGAUGUAGAAAUUACAGGCACCUUUCUGCUUGAUCACUUUUGUGAAGUUUAAUUCUUCUUAAUAUUUGGGAGAUGUGAUCAAUAUGUGUGUAAAAAAAACUGUCCUGUUCGAAAUAAAUUUUCUGUACCAACACCAUAUCAAUGAAAAAUGGCUUUUAACAGUUUUAUCAUUACGAUAAAUGAGUGUAAAUUUUCCAACACUCCAUGAAUGGGCAGAUAAUAUCCACCACAAUCUUCCCUGGGUUACAUUGCCAGGAUUAAUAUAACCAGACCAUUGUUGCUCUCUUUUAAAAUGCUUUGAGUAAACCUGCAGGUCUUUUCCCCCUGUUAAUGGAUAGUCAUUUUUUCAGCUGUCACAAGGUGCCUGUUCCUGCUCUCCACAUUUCCGCAUUGGCUUGCUGAUGGGCUUCAUGCUCAUGUGUCAAUCCAGAGAUUGUGUUCAGUCUCCUCUUGUGGCUUUACAGAACCUGGCAAAUAACACGACACCUCGACUGGUAAAUGCCCAUUCAAGUGUAUUGGAAGAGUUACCACAAACCACAGUGAUUGUAUUCAAAAAGAUCUGCUUGUACCUUUCAGCCACAUCAGAAUGUGAUAACUCCUCUGGUAGCCCUUCCAACAUGCUAGCCUUGUAUUUAUUAUAAACAAAUUACGCUGCAUUUGACCAGAAAUCAUUAAAUUAUUUCCCAGAAUGGAUAUGCAUCACGUGCUGACUUCUGCUUUCUAGUAUUUUAUGUCAUUACGUUUAAAAGAUUAAGAAAGAUUUGAGCUAUUUUUAUAUAUGGAUAGGUUAUCUUCUACAGUAAACUCCUGAUAACUCGACUCCGGUUUAACUCAUCACUACAACUUAAGUCACAAUGCUGUCAAUAUUCCGUCCGCUUCCAACAUUAAAUGUUAUUGGGGACUCCACUUUACUUGUCAUUCUGCUUAACAAUAUCUAGUCAGAGGACUUAUGCCUAGCUCGUCGCCGAGCUUUCUUCCCUUGGAAUGAUGAGUUAUCAAGACUUUACUGUAUUUCACAUCUUGCUUAAUAACCCUUUGUUAUUGUAUUAGCUGAUGGAGCAUAGACAGAUAUAGACUGAAUGAUAGUGCUUCAAAUGCUGUUUUGGUUCAAAUGCCCGCAUGUAUUCCCUCCGUCUAGUAGAUGUUGCUAGUUAGCCUGGCUUAGUUUAUGCUGACUGAGUGCAGGAUCUUGCCUGGAUCAAGGGCAUAACUGCAAUUGUGGGCACAUUUCCAUGUCUCCUAAAAAUCAAAUAUGAACUAAGUCAGCCCAUCCAAAAUUGCCUUUGAUUUUUAUUUACAUUACAGCAGUAAUGCACAGAUUUACAAUCUUAUUCCAUACACAACAGAACACCCUCAAUAUUUACUGCCAUUAAAGGCACAGACCAGGCUGAUAAGAAAGUAGGUCAUUUUAUGACAGCAAAUGGUACCCAAACUACAAUGGUUGGGUGUACCCGUAUGUCAUUUUUGUUAUUUCACAAAUUGUAGGUUGAUAGAAAGUAGUCCUUGGUAAACUAGAAUUUUAUAUACCUGCCAUUGAUAUUUAUGUGAGAAAUGUCACUGUAUGCUAGAGGCCAGACUCUAAGCUCUGUUCUUAGGAUGGUCUUUCCCUGUGUUGGCAUUUAAACCAGGCUAACAUCAAUACAAAUGAUUUCCUGGUACUCAACUGGCCUUAGUUUCGCAAAGCAGUUCCUGAUGUGAAAUGUUUUGAGGGUAGCCUGAAA